AGUCAAUCUGCGCCCGCCCAGACAAGAACAGCCCAGAAACUUUCAAAAGCUGGAUGCAGCCACACUGGCGUCCGUGGAUUAUAAAGCUAAAUCGAGAGAGGCAGCGUGUUUUAGAACUGACCUUACAGUCUUCAAGACUGGAACUGUCUGCUCGUCCACCACCUCAGUCACUGCUACAGUCACCGCCAGAGCACCUACAUACCAACUGGAGACCCACUCCACUCAAACCAAGACCUGAAACCCAAACUUUAGAGACAUGGAGGGUCAUAUAGCACUCGUAGUCCUGCUUCUGUGCACCACCGUUUCAGUCUCAGCCUCCAGUCAGACGUGUUCACCACAGAACACUACUGACAACCCUUGGGUCCAGGUGAGGGACAUGCCCAUUGGCUGUUGGACCAGUUUCCUCAGAGAGGACAAGGCAGAGGUCCACAUCCUGAACGUCCACUUCAAACCAAGAACGACAACUGAUAUGUUCAAUCUCAACAUGACCACUGCCAGGCCGAUGCACCUCAUCCUGACGACGCAAAACGAGUGUUAUGUAGCAAACAACAUUAACCAAGAUGUUAAAAUCUACAUAAAAAAUGGCUCUUCAGUUAGCCUGUUUGGGUCUCCAGAGAGUGUCCACAAGCAAGACUUCCCCACUGAAAAUGAGGAGCUGGUCAAGUGGGCAACACAGAAGUUUGGGGGUGUGACUUCAUUCACCACAGUCCAAAAUCCAAGAUCAAUCUCCUGUACUGGAAGAGAGGGAACCAAACUUGGCUCUAGCGACUGCACGCUUGAAAAUGAGGAUCCCUCAAUCAAGCACUUUAUGGAGUUGGCAACAGCACCCGCAUCACUGAAGUCCUGUUCCAUUCAACACUCGAACCCCAAUGAAGAAAUGGAGCUGCACAUCAUAAACAUCCCAGAGAAGGCCAGCACUCGCAAUGUGUCAAUUCAUGUGGACACAGAGAAGAUUAUCAGAGUGUUUCUUAGAGGCCCUCAAGGCACCACAUGGAGCUUCCCUAACCCGCGACACACAAAGUUUGGUUCCAACAACGAGAUCACGCUGACCGGCAUCCCACACAGACUCCCGCCGUCCGUUACACUGCACAGUGACAACGCAGAGGAUGUGCAAAAGAAGGCUUUGGAGUAUUUUAAAGUUAAUACUUUCACAAGCUACACUGAAAUCAGCCUAGAGAGCUCUAUGGUUUCAUUGGUGCUGGGAAAAAAAGAUAGAGCUUCAGCUCUAGAGACGGAACAAGAAACAAGCACGACAAAUUCAAUAAGCGCCCCUCAUCAGAUGCCGCUGUUAAUGCAGCUGUACACCUCUCCAGACUACCGUUUCCCCCUUGACCCCAACACCAAGGUGCAGAGUGACAAGAGGAUUUAUGCAGAGAUCUCAGGGCACACUUUAGGGGAGCUUGUCCUGACCAUCAAGGUGAUCAGGUGCCUUGUCCGCUCCAAGGGAUCAUGCCCCUUGGAGAAGGAGAUGCCCUUCAUCCCUGAAGCCUGCCCCUCAAACGUCUGCCCCGACAGCACCAGAGUCAGCUUCUCUUUGAAUCAGCUUCAGGAGCUAGCCUCCACCACCUGGGACCUGGAAUGUACUGUCGAUCUUUGCUACAGUCAGGUAUGUGGAGACGGAGGAAGAGUGAAGAGGAAUCUCGAGGUCACCCAGCCGUAUACGCCAUCACCAACACCACCAUGCGUUGACUUUGGCUUACCUGCUGUGUUGUGCAUCGCGUUUGGAGGUUUCCUGAUCGGAGUACUACUUAUUGGAGCUCUGUGGUUUAUCAAAAUUAAAACAGGAUACCCUACUGGGCUGGACAUGAGCUCAACUGCAGCAAAUCUUUCUGGAUGUCCUUGCUCAGUGACAAAACGGCAGCCCGUCUCCACCAACCCCUCCCCCUCCGAGAACAGUAGUGCUAAUGCGAGCAUUGGCAGCACCCAAAGCACGCCGACCAGCAGCAUGGCAUGAGACUACUGUCACCUCGAGCACCAGCAGCACCACCUUCUCCCUUCAGAGUAACUUAUAUGGGUUUUGUGCUUUGGGUUUUCUUUUAAUAAUGCUUAAGAAGCAUUUCUUUCCACCCUGGCCCCCUGUAUUUUCAUUAAAAAGCACAACCUCAUCUGUGGCACACCAAGACUGAAAUGGGUGUGAUCUGGGGGCUUGGAAUGAUGAGGGAAAAGGGAGUGGGUGAGGGACAGUGGAAGUCUAAUCAAUGGCUCCUGCCACUCACCUCUCCAGCCUCCCUGUAAAGCCAAGCUUCCAGACAGGAAGUUAAAGAGGGCAAAAGAAAAAAAUACAUUGGCUCCCAGCAACAGGAAAAACAAAGCAUAUCCCCCAAGAACUAACAGGAAAUUCACUGCAUUCCUUUGAAUGAAUUGUGCUUAUAUGAUGGCAGCACAAUGACUUAGUAAGGAGACAAGCCGGUCAAAAGAUUGAUUUUGAAAAACAUUUUGCAUCAUAUAUACUUAAGAAUACCGAGGGCUUUUGGAUAGGCAUGUCCAAUAAGUUUGGUAUCAUCAGUAGCAUCACAGGGCUUAAAGGUUCACCAUUUUCAACAAAUCAACCAAUGUACAUUCCAAAGGGGAUUUUGUCUUAAUUGGAGUUUGAGGGUAAUGGGUGAAGGCUACCUCCUAUUAUUUAGAAAUCUGGAGUUGAGGUUACACUUAACACUAGAUUUCUCUGGUGAACUCUCAUUUUCUACAUUUUUCAUUUUGUACUUUUGUUUCACUUGAGUUGCCUCAUGUAGUUCAUUUUUAAGUCACAAGAAGUAGUUAUGAUUUCAUUCUCAAUGCUAUCCAAUAGCUACAUCAGGGCCUUGAUGUUAAAGUUUGUUUUUUGUUUGUUUGUUUGUAUUUUUUUCUUUUAUUUUUUGUAAGUGGUUGUUGAAAGUUACUGAGAUAUAUAUUUUUCAUUUGUCAUUAAUAAAAAAAAAUAAUAAAAAAAAACAUAGUAUGACAAAUGUAGCAAAAAAUUAGGAUUCAUGAAGAAAAGCAGUAAUUUUAUUCAUAUGAGCUUAGAAACUAUCACCAUUUACUGUAACCUAAAAAUUGGUUGAUUUGAUUGGUUUCCUCCUGGGAAAACACACCCUCAUUUACAACAGUGCUGAGGCACAGACACACAGUCAGAGCAGACCCGGUUAAACCACGGAAGAAAACGAGGAGGCAAUUAAGGCUGCGCCAAUUAAAUAAAACAAGUAAAAUUAACAAUGUUAAAAGGUGAAAGUGCAGGAACUGACAUUAUAAAACAAUAACAACUAGGAAAUACAGGAAUAAUCAGUACCACUUACAGAGGAAUUAGCACUACAGAGGAAGAAGACCUGUGUUGUAGACCUGUGCUCUAACCAUAUGAGGAAUAUUGUUUAAUAAAUCCAAAUUUAGUUUUAUUACCAGGUGUCACAAGGCGUGAGUAAUGAUCUGGAACUAAUUUCUGUAGUAAAAUUAUUGCUUACAUUAUUGAUUGAUUAACAGUUGUUGAUUGAAUUACUGCUUCCUACAUGUGAUAGGCUGCAUCAGCCGCUGCAGCGCUAGUGCUGGACAGAAGCAGGGUAGAUGCAUGGAGGGCACUCGUAUGAUGGCAGCCAACUGUAGAUUUGACGGUUGAUCCGUAAGUGUGAACCCGUUGUUUGUUUCACUGUACAAAUGUAAAUGUAUUUUGUAGUUUUAUUUUCCUAUCUUUGUACCUCUUUGAAAACAUUCCCAUUACAUAGCAAGCUAUGUGGUGUGAGCAGGCAGGCAAUCCCUCCCAAAAAAAAAAAUGCAUGUAUCAUUUUGAAGUUGUCCUAAAUACAGCUGAUACAAUGGGUUACUGUCACUAAUCCAUGGUGUAUUCAAAUUGCAAAUUAGUUAUUAUCACCUUUCAAUCUGGAACAUUUCAAUCUGGACAUUUAAAUUAAUUUAUUAUUAUUAAUAUUUUUUAAAUUUCAGACUUAAGACCAAAAAUGUUGAAUAUGAUGGUUUCCCAAUUACUGUAUUUGGACUAUAUGGUGUACUCCCUCUGCUGUCCCUUUCUGUCUCCCAGUCUGUGUGCACAUGUGCAUUUGUCUGUCUGUUCUCUGUGUAUGCCUGAUUUUUUUUUUCUGUAUUUGUAGAGGAAAAAAAAUGGAUGAGAGAAGGGCAGAAGCAGUUGCCACUUGAGUAUAUGUGCAAUAUAAUGUGGUAAACUAUUAUGUAAUAUGUCUUUAUAUAGUGUAGUUUGUAAACGUGUUGUCUGAUAUUACUACUUUUAACCGUUUCAUUACCUGUUUUGUUCGUUUCUGUUUUUUCGACGAACUGGGACAAUUCCUCAUUAGGGCACUUAUUGAAUGCACAAUAUUUGCUUUGUGUAUUUUUUUGUUUUGUUUUGUUUUGUUUUGUUUUUUAGUUAAAACUCUAUGCUUUGUGAGUUGAUGAUGCCACAGACAAUGUGUUUACUGUCUGGUUGUACCCCUGACUUCUGCCCUCACCAUAAGAUUCUCCUCCUGGCCAAUAAUAGUCUAUCCCUGUUGAUACCAGACUUCCUGAUAUUCUGCUGUGCUCAUUGUAUUAGCCGCAGCUGGCGUGAUGAGGAAAGAAAAUAAUGAAGAGCCGAAUCUUUUAACGCCGAGUUUUAAUUGGAUCGGGGAUUGACUGGCGUAAUAGCAUCCCUCUAUAAAUAGCAGGUGCUGAAAGUUUGUUCAUUUAUGUGUGCGACUUUUGAGGAAAUACCUGCAAUAUCUGACAUAAUCGGUGUAAAUCCUGCAUCAGUGACUGCCAGGUUCUGUCUGACUACUGACAGAAAAUGUUAAAAUCAGACAUCCUGUCAGUUAAUUUACUUGGUAACCAUGCGGAUCCGUGCCCAACCAGACAACAGCUCCCUCCUCAAGAAACUGACGCCCAGAUCAUGGAACAUGUGUGUCUGUGUGUCUGUGUGUGUGCGUGUGUGCUUGUGUAUAGAUAUAGAAAGCACCUCGACAAUUUAAGUCAUAUCUUUCCUCCGUGGUUCUUAUUUACCUUUUUUGUGUUGGUAUGAUGGACCUACAAAGGAUGAUAAUGCUCAAGAUCACUAACAACAUCCAGGUUUUGUUGUUGUCUUAAUAAAAAAGCUGUUUUGAUUUGAUGACACUAUCAUUAUAGUCCCGGGUCGGAAUGGAGGAGGGGUACCUUUAAAAAAAAAAAAAAAAAAAAAAAAAAAAAAAAAAAAA